ACUUGAAUGUGUGUGAUGAAUGCGCAAAGGGACAAUUAUACGAACUUGUAUGGGAUUUUGUGGAACGUUCAUCUAACGUGUGUUGAAAAUAAUUUAAAACCCGUUAAAUAUGUUGUUGUUAAAACUGUUGAAUAUGUUGUUAAAAACGGUAAAGCUUUGAGAAACUGUUGGGUAACGUCAGGAUCUGUGAUCCACUUGUUAGACUUGAUCGUGGUCGAUUGGUCGUGCCUGCGGGGGCCGGAAGGCGGACCCUGCCGCAUCGGUGUUCGAUUCGGACUGGAGCUUCCGAAGGAGCAUUACACGGUGUGUGAGCGUGCUCUUUUUCGUCCACUCCUGCAGGCCGUAACACAAACUGGCUCGAGCGUAACAUCACUACUGCAGACAACUACAGCCGGAAUGGGUCGUGGGGUGGAGCUCAGCGACUUCCAGCGCGGCACCGUGGUCGGAUGCUACCUGUGCAAGAAGUCCAAUCGGGAGAUCGCCGCCCUGCUCAACCUGCCUGCGUCCACCAUCAGCUCCGUGAUCCUCAAGUGGAAACGCGGAGGAAUAACGACGGCUCUGCCCCGGAGCGGCCGACCGCACAAGCUGAAGGAGCAGGACCGCCAGGUGCUGGAGAAGGUGGCUAUGGAGAAGAGUCUGCCCUCCAUAGAGGCUCUCACCGCCGAGUUUCAGACCGCCUCCGGGGCCAACGUGAGCGCCACCACCAUCCGCCGGGAGCUCCACGAGAUGGGCUUCCGCGGCCGAGUGUCCUCCUACAGCAAGCCGAAAGGUGAACCAGACAGAGAGCUAAACCCCAAAAAGAGGGUGUGGGAAGAGGUGCAGCCAGACCUGCGUACGGACAGCCAGUGUGUCGCCACCUACAAGGGAGCUGCCUUUGAAGUGGUUGGAAAAGGAGUGUGCAAAAGCCAAACUAUGAGCGAUUGUGAAAUCAAAUAAACUAAACAGAGCUGCCUGAAAUAACUCGGUGCAAAUCCCUGCAGCCGGAAAGGACCCAAGAUUUUGUGGAAAGACUUCCCAGGAGGGUGGAGGCUGUGAGAGCAGAAUAUUAACGCUCAUGGCUUUGAAAUGACACAUCUAGCCAUCACAUGGGUGUGAUGAUUGAGUGUCCACAUGCUUUGAAAAUUAACAGUGAUGAACCCUCUGUUGGACCGACAUGAACAUGACUGUUACAUACAUAACUUGCCCUCAGAAAAAUGGGAAAUUCAACAUAUACACUACCGUUCAGAAGUUUGGGGUCACCUACAAAUGUCCUUAUUUUGAAAGAAAAGCUGUUUUUUUAAUGAAGAUAACAUUAAAUGAAUCAUAUAUCCAGUCUAGACAUUGUUAAUGUGGUAAAUGACUAUUCUAGCUGGAAACGGCUGAUUUUUAAUGGAAUAUCUACAUAGAGGUACAGAGGAACAUUUCCAGCAACCAUCACUCCUGUGUUCUAAUGCUACAUUGUGUUAGCUAAUGGUGUUGAAAGGAUAAUUGAUGAUUUGAAAACCCUUGUGCAGUUAUGUUAGCACAUAAAUAAAAGUGUGAGUUUUCAUGGAAAACAAAUUGUCUGGCUGACCCCAGACUUUUGAAUGGCAGUGUACAUUGUAAUGAAAAUGUGUAGUUCUCAAUUUGACCAAAUGAGGGCUACAUUACCCCAUGAUAAUGUGCAGUACGUGUGUUGGCUUGCUUCAGUGUGACAUGAAAACACUAAUAUCCAGCAUGGUUGAAAGAAAAGCGAAAUUCUUUCAGAGAAUUCUGCUUUCUUGAGAACUAUUUUGUAAAGUAUUAUGUUUUCCCGUGAGACUGUAAAUGUCAUUUCAAUUGAACAAUGGUGGUUCAAAAGUCCCUUCGAGAAAGGGGACAUUGAAGAGUUUUGCUUUUUUUUUUUUUUUUUUUUUUUAAAUUUACUUUUUUAUGGAGUUUUUGCAUUUUAUACAGGAAUAGAGCUUAGAGCAAAGAACAGGAACAAUUGGGGUGGGGGGCACCCAUUUCCACACAGCAUCAUCUUUUUUCCACAUAACAUCGUUAUUUGAACGGUGGCUUUACAUAAAGUCGGAUCUUUUAGGUUUGACAUAUUCUGUCAAUUUUGACCAGAUUUUGUAAAAUGACUGUGUAAUUUUAGUCAAAAAGUUACUUUUUCCAUUGUGUAGAUUUCUUGUACAAUGUUGCUCCAAUCCUUGUUUCUUGGUUGCUCAGGUUUGAGCCAUCUUCUGGUGAUGGCCUUUUUGCUUUCUGCUAAAAGAAUAUAAAGCAGCUUCUUGUCUCCAUUGUCAAGGCCAGCCAGUGUUAUGUUACCAAGAUAUAUACUUUCAAAUAAAAAAUGGAAAACAAUUGAGAA